ACCUGUCAUAUCAAAUUCAAAACAUUCGAUCCUCGUGAUAAACAUUGUGAAUGAUUCGUUAUACUCUUCCUUUGAUUUAUUAGUUUCAUUUAUUGCAUCAAAAUGGUAAAAAGAAUCAAUGUCGAGGGUUAUGCAGCAGUGAAAAAAGCUAUUGAAGAAAAUUCUAAUGCAAAUUCUUUAUUCGUUUUAUUUUGUGGAUCUAAAGAUGACAAAGGAAAAAGUUGGUGUCCAGAUUGUGUGGCCGCUGAACCAAUUAUUGAAGAAGGUUUGAAAAUUGCUCCAGAAGACAGUGUAUAUAUUUAUUGCAGUGUUGGAGAUAGAACUUAUUGGAAAGAUCCAAACAAUGAGUUUCGUAAGGACCCAAACUUCAAACUCACAAGUGUACCAACUCUCAUGAAAUGGAAUACUCCUAGGAGACUUGAUGAUGAGCAAUGUAAAAGUGCUGCCUUAGUUACCAUGUUGUUUGAAGAGUGAUGAAAUUCAUCCAUGAAAUGUUCAUCAGUCAGUGAUGCGUCUUCCUCAGAUUGUAUACAUGCUUUGAACUAUUUUUAUUUGUUUGCAUGUAUGAUGCCAAAGCUCAAGAAAUCAAAUUUAGAAUGCCCUUUUUAUAAGUAUUAUAUUUAUAUCAGUGAUUUCUCUGUCUCUAUCCAUGAAUUGUUAUAAUUAUGAAUAAAAUCAUCUUAUAUCCAAAAAUAAUUGCAUUGGACUUGUUAUAAUUUAUGAAACAUGCUACUUUUGCUAUCUGUAUAAGUAUAUAUAUUUAUUAAUUUUUAUUUUAUUAAUAUUUUCUUAUUAUAUAAAAUUAUAUUUAAAAUAUACUCAUUCAUAUUGCAUGCAGUAUUUAAUACAAUUUGCAAUUUUCUUCUAAAGAUCUAUAUUGAUGAAGUUUAUUAUAAACAUUACCUCCUUAAAUAUGAGUUUCUAUUUUCUUCAUCAGACUACACAAAAAUGAUUUUGAAUAUAGAAUUCUUAUUAAAAAUUUAUGACUGAUCUUAAAUAAUAACAGAAGUUAAUUAUGAUGGUUAGCUUCUUAAUCAUCAUUAAUAAAACUUGUUGGUUUUGGGAACUCAUUUAUUUAUGAACUAAAUCUAUGUAAAUUUGUAUAAAUAUUGAUCAAGAUUUGAUUAAAUGUUUAAAAUUUUAUUUCUAUAAUAACAGAGUACCCUCCCUUCCCCCCCCCCAUCAUU